CGUUCCUUCCCUCUUUCUCUCACUUUUGCCGUUGAAGAAAUUGAUUACACGCAUCAGCCGGCGACCCGCCGCUCUGUCUCUCUCUCUCGCCGUCCAGCUCCAGCGGAAGACCGGCGGCGGCUGACCCACUCCCCUCUUCCGCUACCUUUCUAGGUCUUUACAGUUCCUGGAAAUUUCCCACCUCAGAAAAAAGAAACCCAGAAGACUUGUCUGUGGGCUUGUUCUGUUCUUUGUGUUUCUGUUGGCUGUCGUUGUAAAUUUUCUCCUAUUUUCUGAUAGAGAACAGAACGAUUUCUCUGUGAAGAAGGCAUCCCCUCUGAAGGAGAUUGUACUUCUAUUACUCAAAAGUAGAAAACCUAAGCUACACUGAAACAAUGUCUUCGUCCAAAGAUGCGGAUCCAACCCUAGGCUACCUCACUCGAAAGGAUGCUGAGGUGAAGUUGCCGCGACCCACUAGGGUGAAGAACAAGACUCCGGCUCCAAUUCAGAUAACUGCAGAGCAGAUACUUCGUGAGGCUCGUGAACGACAAGAGGCGGAGAUUAGACCGCCUAAGCAGAAGAUCACUGAUCCAACUGAACUUGCUGAUUAUCGCCUUCGCAAGCGUAAGGAAUUUGAGGAUCUCAUACGCCGUGUCCGGUGGAAUAUCAGCGUUUGGAUCAAGUAUGCUCAGUGGGAAGAGUCUCAGAAGGAUUUCAAUCGGGCUCGUUCCGUUUGGGAACGCGCYCUUGAGGUUGAUUACCGUAACCAUACCCUUUGGCUCAAGUAUGCAGAGGUUGAGAUGAAGAAUAAAUUUAUAAAUCAUGCAAGGAAUGUCUGGGAUCGAGCAGUCACCCUUUUGCCUAGAGUGGACCAACUAUGGUACAAGUACAUUCAUAUGGAGGAAAUGUUGGGUAAUGUGGCUGGUGCAAGGCAGAUUUUUGAGAGGUGGAUGGGCUGGAUGCCAGACCAGCAAGGUUGGCUGUCUUACAUCAAGUUUGAGUUGAGAUACAAUGAGGUUGAACGUGCACGGGGCAUAUUUGAGCGCUUUGUUCAGUGCCACCCUAAAGUUGGGGCAUGGAUACGUUUUGCGAAAUUUGAGAUGAAAAAUGGGGAAGUUGCAAAGGCAAGAAAUGUUUACGAGAGAGCAGUUGAGAAGUUGGCUGAUGAUGAAGAGGCAGAGCAACUGUUUGUUGCUUUUGCUGAAUUCGAGGAGAGGUGUAAGGAAACAGAACGGGCACGGUGUAUAUAUAAGUUUGCCCUAGAUCAUAUUCCCAAAGGUAGAGCUGAGGAUAUUUAUAGGAAGUUUGUGGCGUUUGAGAAGCAAUACGGGGAUAAGGAAGGAAUAGAAGAUGCUAUAGUGGGGAAGAGGAGGUUUCAAUAUGAAGAGGAAGUGAGGAAGAAUCCCCUAAACUAUGAUUCUUGGUUCGAUUAUAUACGAUUAGAGGAGACUGCGGGAAACAAGGAGAGGAUUAGGGAAGUCUAYGAAAGAGCAAUAGCCAAUGUUCCUCCUGCCGAAGAGAAACGGUAUUGGCAGCGUUAUAUUUAUUUAUGGAUCAAUUAUGCGCUAUACGAAGAAUUGGAUGCUGCAGAUGUUGAGCGUACCCGUGAUGUAUAUAGGGAGUGUCUGAAUUUGAUUCCUCAUGGGAAGUUUUCAUUUGCGAAGAUAUGGCUAUUAGCUGCACAAUUCGAAAUACGACAAUUGAACCUACAAGGUGCUCGACAAAUACUAGGCAAUGCAAUAGGGAGGGCUCCUAAAGAUAAGAUAUUCAAGAAGUAUAUCGAGAUAGAACUGCAACUAGGGAACAUAGAUCGUUGCCGUAAAUUGUAUGAGAAGUAUUUGGAGUGGUCACCUGAAAAUUGUUAUGCAUGGAGCAAGUAUGCAGAGUUGGAGAGAUCUCUGUGCGAAACUGAGCGAGCCAGGUCUAUAUUUGAGCUUGCAAUUGCACAGCCUGCACUUGACAUGCCAGAGUUGUUAUGGAAGGCCUAUAUUGAUUUCGAGAUAUCAGAGCAUGAAUUUGAAAGAACUCGAGAGCUCUAUGAGAGACUUUUAGAUAGAACAAAGCACUUGAAAGUGUGGAUUAGUUAUGCCAAGUUUGAGGCAUCAGCUAUGGAGGAUGACAGUCGGCUGUCGGAAUUACCAGAAGAUAAUGUGCAGGAAUAUCUUCAAUCAUGGAAGAAACAAUGCAUUCAACAUGCUAGAAGGGUCUUCGAAAAAGCCAUUACUUACUACAGAAAUUCAGCACCAGAAUUGAAAGAGGAGAGAGCUAUGCUCCUUGAGGAAUGGUUGAAUAUGGAGGCAAGUUUCGGCGACCUUGGUGACGUUAGCUUAGUGCAGUCUAAGCUACCAAAGAAACUUAAGAAGAGGCGGCAAAUUGCGACCGAGGAUGGUCCGGCUGGGUUUGAGGAAUACAUUGAUUACUUGUUCCCAGAAGAAACACAAACUACAAAUCUCAAAAUCCUUGAAGCUGCAUACCGUUGGAAGAAGCAGAAAGUUGAUGAUAGUUAAUCUGGCCUUUCGGUAAUCAGAAAUUGUAUUUUGAAUGUGGAAUGCUUCACACAUUGGGAGAUUAGAUUUGAGGAAGACAAAAAUGGAUCCUAGAUCUAUUAGGUGUAUUUCUUAAUUAUAUUGUAACUUUAGAAGCAAAUUGUAAGAAUAAUUUUUAUUUAAUACAAAUAUUAGAUUAAGGAUUUUUUUCGAUGCUACAUAUAGUGUCGGUAGAGAUGUGCGUCGACAAAAGUCUUCUCUAUCUAAAGUUGUAGAUUGCAUCGACAAAUCUUUGUCGAGGUUAACCAUUUGGUGUCAACAAAGUUCUCCAAAGUUUUUUUCCAA